AUGGUGAUGCUUGGUAAUGCUGCAGGCCCUGCAGACUGGGUGCUCCAGCGGGGGCUGUGGGGACUGAUGCUGGUCUUGUCUGUAGCCAUAUACGGCUCUCAUGCUCCCCUCCUGACCCUGUGCAAGGUGGAUGGGACGAUCCCCUUCAGCUCCGCGUCCGUCGUGGUUCUCGUCGAGCUGACCAAACUCCUGUUCUCCCUCCUGUUCCUGCUCACCUGGGACCGGGAGCCGCUGGGAGUCGCCGUGUCGUGGCGCCACGUCGCCCCUUUCGCCCUCUCUGCCUUGCUCUACGCAGCCAACAACAACCUGGUGGUUCACAUGCAGCUCUUCAUGGAUCCCAGCACCUACCAGGUCCUGAGCAACCUGAAGAUCGUCAGCACCGCGCUCCUCUACAGCCUCUUCCUGCGCCAGAGGCUCGGCGCGCGCAGAUGGCUGGCGCUCUUCCUGCUGGUGGCUGCUGGGGUGAGCUACAGCUGUGGAGGCCUGCAGGAGCCCGGCAGCCCCUCCGAAAUGCGGCUGCACGUCACGCUGGUGGGCUUGCUGCUCAUCUCGGUGUACUGCCUGAUAUCGGGCUUGUCUGCUGUCUACACAGAAGCCAUCCUGAAAACCCAGGCGCUGCCUCUCAGCCUUCAGAACCUCUUCCUUUACGUCUUUGGGGUCCUGCUCAACCUGAUCGGUUACUUCUGGAGCGGCGCAGAGGGGGGUUUUUUAGAUGGUUUUUCCCCCUGGGUGCUGGUGAUUGUGGUCAGCCAGGCCUUGAACGGCUUGAUCAUGUCAGUGGUGAUGAAGCACAGCAGUAACAUCACCAGGCUCUUUGUGAUCUCCUGCUCUAUCCUGGUCAAUGCCCUCCUGUCUGUCGCCCUCUUCAACCUGCAGCUCACCCUCCUCUUCUUCGUUGCUGUCUCGUGCCUCGGCCUUGCUGUUCACUUGUACUAUGGGGUCAGGUAG